AAUUUUCUCUUUUCGCUGGAGUGAAUAUCCCCUUAGGAAGCGGUCAAAUUUAUCAUUUGAAAAAUGCCCACUGCAAAGCUCACUUAUUUCAACGGCACCGGUCUUGGUGAGGGCAUCAGGUACCUUCUUUCAUAUGGCGGUGUUGAGUUCGAGGAUAACAGGGUCACCUCUGAGGCCUUUGCAGCUAUGAAAGACAAGUUGCCUCUUGGCCAGCUGCCCAUUUUGGAGUACCAAGGCCAGACCAUGUACCAGUCCGUGGCCAUCUCCCGUUAUCUUGCAAAUUCGUUCAACCUGGCGGGCAAGGAUGCCGUUGAGAAAGGUACCUGUGACGUCGCUGUGGACACCAUCAAUGACAUUCGUGCAGCUCUUGCAAAAUAUGCUUACGAAAAACACGCGGAGGCCAAAAAACAAAAGAAGGAAGAGGCGCUUAAGAAUGCGAAGUUUCUUGUUGGAAAGAUUGAAAAUUACCUAAAUAAGAAUGGAGGACACUUCUUGAAAGAUGGACAGAUGUCCUGGGCUGACAUUUUCUUGGCAUCAAUCACAGACUACUUGAACCGCAUGGCCGAGGAAGAUAUUUUCGCUGACGCACCCAAAAUCAAAGCCUUGAAGGCAAAGGUAGAAGCCGUGCCUUCCAUCAGCAAGUAUCUGGAGAAGAGGCCUGUUGGAGACUUCUAAUUUUUUGGAGAAAUAUCUAUUGCCUUCGCAAUUUUCACCAAAUAUAAUACAAAUAUCAAAAGAUAAAA